UUCAGGGGAAAUCCUCUGGAGCAGAGCAUCGCCAGCGGCGUCAUGACCGUGGGGAGGUCUUUGGUCCUGCAGAAGGUGUCCAGGAAGCAGGCUGGGAGUUACACGUGUUCGGCGGCCAACACCCAGGGGAGCAACUCCUCCGCCCCAAUAGAGCUCUCGGUGAAAUAUUCUCCUGUGUGCCGCGUCGAGCAGACAGAUGUCUACGGAGUUGGUCGACAUGAGAAAACAACUGUGACCUGUCGGGUGGAAAGUGACCCUCCUGUGACCUCCUACCGAUGGGCUUUCAAUAACACUGGAGAAUUUGUUGACAUUCCCAGCUCACAUUUUGAUGUCAAAGGAGAUGGCAUAAAGGCGCAGCGGUCGGACUUGCGGUACUCCCCGGUGAGCGACCUAGACUACGGGACUCUCCUGUGCUGGGCGACGAAUGAAGUCGGGACCCAGCGCAUCCCUUGCACCUUCACUGUCUUCCCUGCCGGAAAACCCGACUCGGUGACGUCAUGCAGCGUCUUUAACGAGACUGAGAAGAGCGUCUCGGUUUCUUGCGAGCCCGGAUACAGCGGCGGGGUCGACCAGAGCUUCCUGGUCGAGGCUUGGGACGAGGGCGUCAUUAAAGCCACGGAUACCAGCGACACGCCGGUUAUGGAGGUGACGGGCCUGCGCGCCGGCACGAGGUACACCCUGAAAGUCUACGCCGUCAACUCAAUGGGUCGAUCUCUGCCUUACAUUUUCAAGACCUUCACCCUUACGGACGUGGCUGAGAGACGGACAGCCCUAGGGGACGUCCAGCCAGGUGAGCCCCUUAGCCCCAUCUUGGGAUCCAUCAUAGGAGGGGUGAUUGCUCUGGUCCUGCUGAUGUCAAUCGCCCUGAUAAUAGCCAGGUGUAAAAGGACGAACAGGGAAGGCCACAGCUUACGGGAAGGCUCCAACGCGGGAGGCGAAGUCGGGUACAAAUCCUGUGGGAAAGCAGAUGAGAGAACCGACCCGAGCCUCACAGCGUCUUCGGAGGCCCAGCAGACCUCAGGACAGCAAUCGCAGCAGAAAACGCCUCAGCAACAGCAGCAGCAGCAGCAGCAACAACAACAACAACAGCAGCAGCAACAGAAACAGCAGCAACAGCAGCAGUGCGGACCCGAUCUACUCACAGCCUCGCAAGAAUCCACCCUCAUCCUGCACUCCCACGACUCCUCUACUCCACUGAUUGGCAACGGCCGGGUUCUUCAGGGCCAGGGUAAAAUGGACCCUAGUUUCCAGCAGCAACAGCAACAAGCCCAGUUCAUCCACCAACCUUUCCUCCACCAGUACAAGCCCCAACAGCCCCAUUCCGAGCAGCAGCAGUAUGGCGAAGGCCACAGCCAACCGGGGUCACUCGACAUCUCAGGGGGCGCACGCUAUCAAGAGCAGGUCGUCAUGGAAGGUGUUGGCACUCCAUAUCAGAGACACAAAGUCGCCUAUGUCCCAGUCUACGAUUAUCAGCACCAUUCUCAGCAGGGUGACUGUGAAUGGCAAACUGGGGAAGAUAUCUGGGGAGGCUUAUCUUCCACGAGCCCAGCAGGGAUGAGUACAUCUCCCCCCGGAGGCAAUUUGGGGCCCAUGCCAGCAGGCAUCGUGGGAGGAGGCAUCCCGAGGGCCAGUCAGAGUCUGGUAGCAUCCCCAUCAGGUAGUUCUCCCGUGUCUUCGUAUGGGACGGUUGAUCCCCGAAGGCACUCGGCAUACCUGAGGCCCCUAGAUCAACUCCCAUCGCAGGUGGGUACCCAGUUACCCACUGGCCACAUGCCCGAUUAUAAGCACAAAGUGCAGUUCGCCUCCCCGCCCACCGCCCAUCACCCGCCUCCAACGACGCCCGCCACUUUCCAGCGCAGCUCCGAGCACGAGAGCGCGGUCUAGUGAAGAUGAAUGGUCUAAACUCGUAUACAUUUAUAUAUAUGUCCUUUAAUCAAAAUGCAGCAUCAUUCAGGGGACUUCGUGGAAAAUACUGCAUCGUGAAGUGAGAGAGAUACCGAAAAUUCUUAAGUGGUAUUUAGAACCCGUUGAAGAGAGUACAAUAUUCAGUUCAGGUUUGGUGACGUUUCUUACGAGAACCUAGUUUAUGAGACUGACCUGACUUUGAGCUGAUGAUGCUUAAACGUUUUCGUAGGAACUAGAAGGACUUAAGGGCACACCUCAGAAUGGCAAUGAAUUUUCAUUGAUGGGAAUCAAUUACAGUUUUUUAACUUACAUGCAGAGACGGUAACUGUUCCAUUGUAUGUGUUAAAUCCGCCGAGUCGAUUCACUUUUUCGCCAUGGGAAAUGAUGACUGGUAAAAUAAAAGAAAUGAAAACGCUUUCAUACGAAUAGUUCAAAACAUUUGAGCAACUAAGAUACACAGGAGUGCGUCUGGGCUCGUUGUUGUUUGAAAUGUGACUGAAGAAGAAAGAAAAAAAAUGUACGAGAAAAGCGUAGAUCUGGAGAUGCUCCGGUUUAUGUCAUUUCGUUUUAUUAAAAAAAAAAUAAGUAUUGAAUGUCAACACAAAGAGCGUAAAGUACCGAAAACUUAAAAGAGAAACAUUGAUGUUAUAAAUGUGUUAUUUAUAAUUAUGUGUGUAUGUGUCUAUAAAAAAAACAUUCAAGCUGCACAUUACCAAAGAGAAAUGUGGGUUCAUGUUCCUAAGUUACAACAGAUGGAAAUAUAUAAAAUAAAGUGAUAAUGCUAAAAUUAACCAAAGAAUAAAAUCUGAAAAGUUAUAGAAUGUAAAUACAGAGUGAAUAUAAUUGCA